AUGGCUACCUCAGCAGGGAUGGACGUGGACAAUGUCGACGAGCACUACCUCGAACGCGCCGCAGCAUCGUCGUCCACGCCGGCAUCACUCAAGCCAUUCUAUCCCAAGCUGCAGCAGUUGCACGACCGCAAGCUUUGGUAUCAGCUCACAUUGAUCAUCGAGGAGUUCCUCAACCAUCCGGAUUCGCAAGCGCCACCGAUUCAGAUUGAGCUGUACGAUCACUUUGUGCGCCGCUUUUCGCCCAAAAUCAACCAGUUGCAACUCGCAGCCAUCGGUGUUAAGGUAGCACGACAGUACGCGGAUCCUGCUGAGGCGCUUCAAUUUCUGGAACAGCUCGCGACCAAAGUGGAUGCGCCCGAAUCGCAAGAUGCAUACGUCUACGCGCUGAUGGAAGCCGCCCACUUCAAGCUGUUGCUCGGAGAUUCAGAUGGGACAAAAGCGGCGAUGGACAAGUGCGGAAAGAUCUUGGAUGGCUUUGAUGCGGUAGAGACAGCAGUACACGCCAGCUUCUACCGUGUUUGCGGUGAUUUUUACAAAGCAAAGGCCGAAUAUGCCAGCUACUACAAGAACUCGUUGCUGUAUCUCGCAUGCGUCAACGUGGAUGUGGAUCUGACCGACGAAGCUCGUGUGCAGCGUGCACAUGACCUCAGCAUUUCAGCGCUGCUCGGCGACACGAUUUACAACUUUGGCGAGCUGUUGCUGCACCCCAUCCUGGCAUCGCUUGGCAAGAGCGCCCAGCACUCUUGGCUCUCUGAGAUGCUGUUCGCGUUUAACGCGGGCGAUAUUGGCCGAUUCGAGGCGCUGAGUCCGCACCUGGGCAAGGAGCCCAUCUUGGCCGAGAAUCUGCCGUUUUUGCGACAAAAGAUGUGCCUCAUGUCGCUCAUUGAAAGUGUUUUCAAGCGCGCAGCCGAUGACCGCACCAUUGGGUUCGCCACGAUCGCCGCCGAAACCAAGCUGCCCGUGGACGAGGUGGAGCAUCUGGUGAUGAAGGCGCUCAGUCUCAAGCUGAUCCGAGGUACGCUGGAUCAGGUGGAGCAGCUGGCGAGGAUCACGUGGGUGCAACCGAGGGUGUUGGACCACCGACAGAUUCAGGCGCUCCAGAUGCGACUCAACAACUGGUGCGCCAAGGUGGAAGAGGUUAGCGAAUACGUCAAGAACCAAACGCCGGAAUUGUUCAUCUCGGCAUAA